AUGAGGCUCUCUUUGAAGUUCGCUGCUUUGGCGCAAUCGCUGUAUGCGCUCGCCGCGAUGGCGACGCCGAACCCGUUGCCGGGAAGCUCGGAUAUCAUCGUUCGUGACCCUGCUAUCUGGUACAACAAGCACGACUGGAAAUACUACGUGUUUUCGACGGGCAACAACCUCACGACCUUCACUUCGAGCAAGUUGACUGGACCAUGGACCAAUGAAGGACCCGUCUUCCCCAACUGCUCCAUCAUCAACCUCAACCCGGACGGGUGCACUCUAUGGGCCCCAGAUGUGAACUACAUCGACGGGCAGUAUGUCCUCUACUACAUCAGCUCUUCCCUCGGUAGCCAGAACUCCACCACCGGCGUGGCCACCUCGCCCAGCAUGAAGCCCGGCACAUGGACCGAACACGGCGCGGUUCUCACCUCCAAGGAGGGUGACGCCUUCAACGCAAUCGACCCCAACAUCAUCAACGCCGACGGCCUCAAGCUCACCUUCGGCUCCUACUGGCAAGGCAUCUUCCAAAUCGACAUGCACAACAUCACCGCCAACGCCUCCGCCCCGCCCGGCGCACACCUCGCGGGCGCCAACAGCCGCCCGGCCGAGGGCGGCUUCGUGUACAGGCCCAGGCUCUCGCCGUGGUACUACUUCUUCUACUCGUACGGCAAGACGCCGCAGGUGGGGCAGACGAGCCGGCCGGCGGAGGGCGCGGAGUAUCGGGUGCUUGUUGGGAGGGGCAAGAGCGCGCAGGGCCCGUUUUAUGAUGGGGAGGGAAGGGAGCUUACGAGGGAUGUGGAUCCGCCGCCGGGGACGCUUGUGCUGGGGAGUCAUGAUAAUGUCUAUGCGCCUGGUGGCCAGUAUAUCAUUCAUGACCCGCGUACUGAGCGCGAUGUUAUCGUGUAUCACUACGUUAAGUACGAUGACCCGAUUGGUGGGCCGUCGUACUUGGGUAUCAACUACCUCGACUUCAGCAGUGGUUGGCCUGUCGUUGCGCACUAG